UUCAUCAGUCAGUCUGGAUUACAUUGUUUCACCUAGAGAGGAGUGAUGACGACAUUUUCACGGUCUCACUAAUUAUUUUUUGAUUUCCUGAGCCACGCUGCAUUAUUUAUUUUCUUCAAAAAUACUAUUAAAAAUCGCACUGCAUUUGAGCUUCCUGUAGAACGGAGCAAAGCUUCGGUAAGAUUCUGGUUGUAGAGAAAUCCAACACUACAGCAACUUCAACAGAAUCACACGUUUCAGGAAGCGAAGAUUCCUGAGCACAAAGUCUUGGCUUGAUGAUGUGUAUUUGCUGACUGUUGUAACAGCUUGACUUCAGAUGAAAUAAGACAUGGCGGAUGAUUGUGACAAAAUCUCGAGUAAUUCCGUCCGACUCAAGAAGGAGAUAUCCUUGCUGCACGGCGUCUGCCUCAUCGUAGGAAACAUGAUUGGCUCUGGGAUUUUUGUUUCACCAAAAGGAGUUUUAUUAUACACUGGGUCCUACGGACUUUCUCUAGUCAUAUGGGCAGUAGGAGGGGUAUUUUCAGUGUUCGGUGCUCUCUGUUAUGCAGAACUUGGUACCACAAUUAGGAAGUCUGGAGCCAGCUACGCCUACAUCCUGGAGUCCUUUGGAGGGUUCUUGGCGUUUCUUAGGCUGUGGACCUCCUUGCUGAUUGUAGAGCCUGCAUGCCAGGCUGUUAUUGCAUUGACAUUCUCGAACUACCUGGUCCAGCCUUUUUACCCGACCUGCCAACCACCUUAUAUUGCUGUCCGCCUCAUUGCUGCCCUUAUCAUAUGUCUCUUGACGUUUGUGAACUGUAUGAAAGUAAAGUGGGGUGCGGUGCUGCAGGUGGCUUCAACAUUUGCCAAAGUAAUUGCCCUGAUCAUCAUCAUCAUUGCUGGCUUAGUGAAACUGGGUCAAGGUAACACUGGGAAUUUUGACAGCUCUUUUGACGGCUCCAUGCUGAAUGCAGGCGAUAUGGCCUUGGCUCUUUACUCGGCUCUGUACUCGUACUCUGGCUGGGACACACUCAACUUUGUUACUGAAGAAAUCAAAAACCCAGAAAGGAACUUGCCAUUAUCAAUUGCCAUUUCCAUGCCUAUAGUUACAGUUAUCUAUAUCCUGACGAAUAUCGCUUAUUACACAGUCUUGGACCUGGAUACAGUCUUAAGCAGUCAAGCUGUAGCAGUGACAUUUGCAGAUGAAGUUCUUGGCUUUGUUAAAUGGCUGAUCCCAUUAUCGGUGGCAAUAUCGUGCUAUGGUGGGCUGAAUUCUUCAAUUAUAGCUGCCUCCAGGUUAUUCUUUGUGGGUUCCCGGGAGGGUCACCUUCCAGACAUUCUCUGCAUGAUCCAUGUUUUGAGAUACACUCCUAUUCCUGCAUUGCUGUUCAACGGAGGGAUGUCCUUGAUUUACCUUUGUGUGGAAGAUGUAUUUCAGCUCAUUAAUUAUUUCAGUUUUAACUACUGGCUUUUCAUUGGUCUCUCCAUUGCCAGUCAGAUAUACCUCAGAGUAAAAUACCCAGACAUGCCCAGGCCUGUGAAGCUGAGCCUAUUCUUCCCUAUAGUGUACUGCAUCUGCAGCGUAUUCCUGGUGGUGGUACCCCUCUAUAGCGACACUAUAAACUCCCUGGUUGGUAUAGCGGUUGCCCUCUCGGGGGCCCCUGUGUAUUACUUCUGUAUCUACCUCACGCCAGAGAUGAGGCCUGCUUUCCUGGGAAAAUUACUGCGUUUUCUCUCGUUGAACACCCAGAAGAUAUGCAUGUGUUGUAUGGCUGACGCUGAGUUGGAUCUGGAUGAUGCUAAUGAACACGAACCAAAGACAGAAUAAGGAUCUGCUGGAGAAAUUUCAACCCUUGAAAUGUACUGCAAGAUUUUACCAGAAAUGGACUUGUUGGUGAACAGUAGUUCAAUUCUUUUGUUUAUUUGCUUUAUUAUUAUUUUUAGUUCUGCUUUUUCAAGUCCCCCUCUUUUAUUUAAGUUAAUGCUACAGUGAAUUGAACUAUCCUACUGUACUCUUUCAGUUUGUGGUAUAUGCAGCUCAAGUACUAGGCAUUGCAGUGCUUUGGGCAAACUUCUGGGCUUUAAACAAAAUGGAUCAAUAUGGCUAAACUGCUUCUAUCACUGAGGUUGGCCGCCUGGACCUCACCCCCUAACCUGCAUCUUCUGAGGUGUCAACACCCAAAUUUUUUGGCCACCAGCCAUCACUAGGAAAUACAUAAACAUAAUGUUUUUGUGUGAAAGAAAAAAGAUUACAAAAUACUUGAUCUGAAAUCAAAUGAACUGAAGUACAACCUCGUAAAUGCAUCAUUGUA